AUGAGCGAAUCGAAAGAAAGAAUUUCACGACGAUGGAGUACCGCUGAAGUUUCACGAAGAAACCGAGAUUCGAGCAGUACCGAGGAAACUUCAUCGUCCACGUACAGUACGGAGCAUUCUAUACACGUAAAGAACACUAGCACCCCUCUGAGAGUUAGAAGGUCAGAUUUAGAGAAGAUCAACAGGUUUCGACGCGGUCACGAGGACACAGAAAAGGAGACGUCCUCCGAUGAGAAAGGAUCGAAAAGGUUUCGGAGACACAAAGAGCGUGUCGGCGAAGAAAAGUAUCAGCGUGAAAGGAUCGUCGCGAGGCAAACAGGAGGAAAGCACAAUCGUCGUGUAAAACGAAGACCGGACAGGCGUUCUGAAGAGUCUGAGAAUGAGAAGCAGGAGGAGACAUCUGAUUCAGGGUCGUCAGAAGAGAACUAUGGUGAAAGCGACAUGGAACGAUCGAAGAGGAAGAAACGAAAUGUUCGAGAGAAGAACGAAUUACCGAUUACCGAAAUUUUGAGGAGAUCACAAGAGAACAAGAGAACUAAGUACGAGCAUGAGACCCCGUAUCCUACGUUAAGCACGGACAAGGUUUACGUGCAACACAGAGGGGGUUUCAGUGCUAUGAAAAUAAACGAGACAAGGGAUUCUGGAGGUGAAAGGAAAGUUGAGAACGGAGGAAGUACCGCGGGUGAAAAUUCUCCGCCUAUAAGGGUGGCUAUUAUGGUUCAAGGAUUUUUGAAAAAUAUUGGAUUCGUGUGUCAGGGUUUUCUCGGUGGCAUGGCUCUCAUGCAUUUUAUAAUGAUCAACGUGUUCUUUAACACUUCUAUGGAAUUCAUCGUGAAAUACUCAGUAAUUUCCGAAAUCUACACGAGUAUCUUCUCAUUCCUGUUAAUCGUAUGCAUUGUAUCAACAUUUGAUAAAUUCGAUCUAGCCCGAUUCGAUAUUGAACACCUACGCGAGCUUUAUUUCGACUACAACCGUGCAAUGAUCGCGGUUCCAUUGUAUCUGGUAGUUUUCUGUCUGCAUCAAGCUUCCGCGAGGACAGAUAAUCAUUUAAAUAUGGUGCAUUACACAAAUUUCAACGAUAGUACGUGGGAAAACGUAACUAAGAUUUUGUUCGACGAUCUGAAUAGCUGGCAAAAGAUAUCAAUGUCGAAGGACUUACUUGCAGUGUUCGCUUGGUUGUUCGCCUCCUUCGGCACCAAAGACGACGCGUUCUUGAUGUACCUACAGUCGAUGGAAAAGUAUGCGAACGACGUGGAAUCUUCAAGAUAA